CCACAAUCCCAUCACCGAUGCAGCGCAGCUGGUUCGUCGCGUCGUGGUGUAGGUCCAGCCCCGUUCCGGAUUCCCAUUACCAUUUUACCCCACCUCGAUGCAUACUCGAGCUCAACAAAAAAACCAGAACAGCUCCUCUUAGCUUCCUUGUCUUCCAAUUGCCUAGCUACACGCAUCCAUGCACCAUACUGAUCUCAAUUGCGAUAUCUGGUAUUAUUGGAAUCCGACAGAGACCCACUCGGUUGCUGUUGACAUUUGUGCGUUGCCGUCAUUCUCGCAUGAUCAUGGCCACACCUCUGGAACCCUGAUUUACCUUGGCCUAGCUGCUUGCAGUAGCUAUAGUGGAGAGGAGCGGAGCCCAUGCGGGGGAGCUAGUCUACCUGUGUUUGUUUGUCUUCACUGCUCUGCUCUGCUCUUCGUGCUGUUUUAUAGGGAAAUGGCGAGUUGUUGCGUCUGCAACAAGUACGAUAGAUUGACGCGCAGGAUAAUCAACUACCAAAGUCAAUUCGUAUCAGCAACUAUUCAAAGAAUCCCAUAUAUGUAUGCAUGGCACACUCUCUUCUUGCCAUGCAUUGGAAUAUGCUGGUCGAUGCAGCAUCAAUGUAUGUACCUGUGCCACCAACCUGUCGUUAUGUGCCGCGCUGCGAGUGAUUGAGCUUAGCAACUCCACCAGCAGCAUCUAGAGCUGGUCUCAACGAACCUGUACAUCUCCUGAUCCCAUUUAUAUCCCUCUCUUUCCCUUUUCUCUUCAUCCCCCUUCUCCUGCUUCUUUCCUCUGUAUAUUGUUACCCGUCAUUUGACACCUUCCCCCUCCUCUCUCUUCCAAUCUACCCCCAAACCUCCACCACUCCCCCGCCUCCAAAACGUCAUCCCCAUCCCACUCACCCCUCCGCCCCACUACCCCACCAUCCCCGCUCUCUCACAGGCACUCUCUCAGCAACACCAGCUUCGCCGCCAUCGAUAUUCUCAAGAUGGCCUCGGCUGUCUCUUCCAAUUCGACCAACCCGCGGGAGCGUCGCCCUUCCACGAGCGCCCCGCUGUCCGACUUCAAGGGCCCCGUUGGGCCGCAAUUCACGAGACCGAAGCACAAGAGAACCGUGACGGGGUUUGGUCCGGGCGAGAUCAAGAGUGUUGAAGCCAGUAUUCCCGAGCCUCAGAGGGCGGCUUGGAGGAAAUUUACUCCUAAACCCUUCUCGAACCCCGAUCAGUUCACGGCCGAAGCAGUUCGACAUAUCGAGACCACUCUCGCCCGCUCCCUUUACAACUGCGAUGAGGCGGCGGCGUAUGCUGGCACCGCUCUGGCUUUCCGAGACCGCUUGGUCUUGGACUGGAACAAGACUCAGCAAAAUCAGACUUUUGCGGACCAGAAGCGCGUAUACUACCUAUCCCUCGAGUUCUUGAUGGGUCGGGCGCUGGACAAUGCUAUGCUCAAUGUUGAGCAAAAGGACAGUGCUUCCAAGGGUCUUGAUGAUCUCGGUUUCCGCAUGGAAGAUGUCAUCUCGCAAGAACACGAUGCCGCGCUCGGCAAUGGUGGUUUGGGACGUCUGGCUGCCUGCUUCCUUGAUUCCAUGGCCUCGCUCAACUACCCUGCCUGGGGAUACGGUCUGCGCUACCGAUAUGGUAUUUUCAAGCAGGAGAUUGUCGAUGGAUACCAAGUCGAGGUCCCAGAUUACUGGCUUGACUUCAAUCCUUGGGAGUUUCAGCGCCAUGAUAUCACGGUAGACAUACAGUUCUAUGGCCAUGUGAACCGUUGGCAGGAUGAUGAGGGGAGGCAGCACUCUUCUUGGGAGGGCGGUGAGAUUGUGCAGGCUGUGGCUUUUGAUGUCCCCGUUCCCGGAUAUCAAACCCCAACCUGCAAUAACCUCCGUCUCUGGGGCAGCAAAGCCGCUAGCGGCGAAUUCGAUUUCCAGAAGUUCAACUCUGGCGACUACGAAAGCUCGGUCGCUGAUCAGCAACGGGCUGAGACUAUUUCGGCGGUUCUCUACCCGAACGACAAUUUGGAGCGCGGCAAGGAACUUCGUUUGAAGCAACAGUACUUCUGGUGUGCAGCAUCGCUGUACGAUAUCGUACGCCGAUUCAAGAAGACCAAGCGUGCCUGGAAAGAGUUCCCUACUCAAGUCGCCAUUCAGCUCAACGACACCCACCCAACUCUCGCGAUCCCAGAGCUCCAGCGCAUAUUGGUCGAUCUCGAAGGACUAGAUUGGGAUGAGGCAUGGAGCAUCGUAACCAAGACAUUUGGCUACACAAAUCACACCGUGCUCCCGGAAGCUUUGGAGAAGUGGUCCGUCCCGCUCUUCCAACAUCUCCUGCCUCGCCACCUUCAGAUCAUCUACGAUAUCAACCUCAAUUUCCUUCAGUUUGUCGAACGCAAUUUCCCAAAAGACCGUGACAUGCUCGGCCGUGUUUCGAUAAUUGAAGAGUCAAACCCCAAGAUGGUUCGCAUGGCGUAUCUAGCGCUUAUCGGCUCCCAUAAGGUCAAUGGUGUUGCUGAGCUCCACUCCGAUUUGAUCAAGACUACCAUCUUCAAAGACUUUGUGAAGAUCUACGGGCCGGACAAGUUCACAAACGUAACCAACGGUAUCACGCCGCGACGAUGGUUGCACCAGGCAAACCCCAGGCUUUCGGCUCUGAUUGCAUCGAAGUUGGGUGGUCAUGAGUUCCUCAAGGAUUUGACGUUGCUCCAUAAGUUAGAGUCUUACGUCGACGAUAAAGAAUUCCGAAAAGAGUUCCGUGAGAUCAAGUACGCCAACAAGGUGCGACUGGCAAAACACAUCAAGGAGCACAAUGGUGUCACCGUGAACCCUUCGGCACUCUUUGAUGUCCAGGUGAAGCGCAUACACGAGUACAAGCGACAGCAGCUCAACAUUUUUGGUGUCAUUCACCGAUACCUUGAGAUCAAGAAGCUGUCCGCGGAAGAGAGGAAGAAGCUUGCCCCUCGUGUAUCUAUCUUCGGUGGUAAGGCAGCUCCUGGAUAUUGGAUGGCGAAGACAGUCAUCCAUCUCAUCAACCAAGUUGGAAAGGUGGUGAACAACGACCCGGAUGUCGGGGACCUUCUCAAGGUCAUCUUCCUGGAGGACUACAAUGUCAGCAAAGCCGAAAUCAUCUGUCCCGCAAGUGAUAUCUCGGAGCACAUCUCCACAGCUGGUACGGAAGCUUCUGGCACGAGUAACAUGAAGUUCUGUUUGAACGGUGGUCUCAUCAUCGGUACUUGCGAUGGUGCUAACAUCGAAAUCACACGCGAAAUCGGAGAGCAAAACAUCUUCCUUUUCGGCAACCUCGCAGAGGACGUCGAUGAACUCCGCCACGCCCACCUCUACCAAGAAUACCAACUCGACGCGGACCUCGCCAACGUUUUUGACGCGAUUCACUCGGGGACCUUUGGUGAUGCAGGCUCAUUCACAGCCCUCGUUAACGGUAUCGUCGAGCACGGCGACUACUACCUCGUAUCCGACGAUUUCGCGUCGUACAUUGAAACCCAGAAACUCAUCGACGAGAGCUACAAGAACACGGAAGAGUGGACCACUAAGGCCAUUACAUCGGUGGCGCGUAUGGGCUUCUUCAGCAGCGAUCGAUGCAUUGAUGAGUAUGCGGAGGCUAUCUGGAAUAUUGAACCUCUUGUUCAAGACCAGAAUGGUGCCGGGGCUUAG